AGAAGAAAAAGUGAAAAUAAGAAAGGUAAUAUUUUGACUCAUUAUAUAACCUUACCUGUGGUCAUAAGUAUUGGCAAAGUCCUUAGAUUUAUUCAACAUUUCAACAUAAAUAUGGUUUUCAUAAUGUAAGCUGUGAGGGAACAUUACUUUCCAGGCAAUGGCGCAUCUAGAUACAAAGUCCUUCCCCCGUAAUUUUGAAUUAUCACAGCAAUAUACCUUGUAAUUUUUAAAGAGGGGGAAAUGAUAAUGGAUGCUCAAGAGUCACCAGGGGUGGCUCACCCUAACAUCAUAGAAAUGCACAUGUUGGAUCUAUACAAAUUUUUCCCUACAAUGACUUGUUCAUCUUGUGCCAUGAGAGUGAUAUACUACCCUUUCAUCAAAGUCACAAUUCUCCAACAGCAGCAAAGAGAGAAAGCAAAGCUUUAUAAAAACAUAAGUGAUGCCUUUGGCAAGAUAUAUCAACGACAGGGGAUUAACGGACUCUUUAGAGGUGUGACUUUUCGAGCAUUUGGACAAACUCUUUCUUCACUGACAUAUGUUAGCACCUAUGAGGUUGUUAGAGAAGUUACCUCGCACCCAUUUAUCGCUGGCUUUGCUGCGUCUUGCACGGCUUCGUGCAUUAACUGCCCGUUUGAUGUUGUGAACCAGUACGUAAUUCUAUUGUCAAAACAAGCAACUAGUCAACAUGAGGUACAGAUUCUAAAAAGUCUUCAACCUUUGAGAUUUCCCAAGGAAGUCAGGCAUGGAGGACGAUGGAUUCUAGAAACUUCAGUUAUAAGAGACGUUGGGAAUCGGCAUGGGUUUAAAGGGUUCUGGAGGGCCCUGCCCUUGCUGAUGAUCAAUAAUGGACUCCACAGUGCUCUCUGGUGGUCAUCAUUCGAGUUUGUCUCGGGUGUUUUUGCCAGAAUGUAUCCAGAGACGUCACGAGUUAUGAGAAAUACCGCCAGUGGCGUUAUAUCAGGGUUCGGUGUAGCCAUUCUCACAAAUGGUCUUUCAAUCACCACCACAAGAGCACAGGUUAACCAAGCCAGUAUUCAGGUAGCUGCUUUGAAUCUAUACAGAGAGGAAGGACUGAUGACAUUUUUUACCAAAGGACUGCGUCCCCGACUUAUUCAGAACAUUUUCUUCUCAUUCCUCGCCACACUUGUGUAUGACUCUGUGAAGCAGUUUUCACUAAAGGACGAAUAUAAAUCAAAAGUAACAUGGUGACGAAAAUCCUGCUGUAGUAGAAGGCACUUUCCUUUGAGUUAUUGAAAGGAAUUGAUUGUAAAGACUCUUAUUUAGUUAAAAAAUAUUUUACUACCGUACAUGGAUUAUAAUGACUUAAGAACAUCUUAUUUUACACCAUGUGGAUGACUAAAAUUUUGAAAUUCUGUGUUGAAAAUAGCAAAGUUACAGAAAAUGUCAUGCCAUAAUGAGAGUUAAACAUUUUAGUGAAGAUUUGUAUCCUUACAAGGUUUUUUCUUUUAAAUCUAUGAAUAAUUAUUGAUUUUUUAAAGCCAUUUUUAAACAUUGUAUUUGGUGUUUUUAACGUUCACAAAAGUCUGUGAUUUUACAAUGUUUACUUUUAUAUUUUGAUUAAAAUCAAAUUGGUUUUUUUAUUUCUCUUUUUCUCUACUCAAUAUUUUUUCAACUCGUCAAGAAAUCAGAAUAUUACAGAGCAGGAUGUGUAUAUUACCGGUACUACAAAUACAAUCAUACUAAGACAAGAUUACCAUCUGUUUAUCAAUAAUAUCCUCUGUUUGUUGUUCGUUCUAGUCCUGAAAGUGUUCUUGCUCCCUGUAUUUGGGUGAUCAUAUUUUUGUAGUGUGUUAAUAAUGGAUUCAGGUCUCUGGAAUUAGAAAGGAUUUUUUUGUAUUCAGAAAUAUACAUUUUUUCCCAUCUUUUUCUGAUUUCUAGAUUAGAUUAUUCUCUCUCUCUCUCUCUUUCUCUCUCUCUCUCUGUAUUUUUACUGAAAAGAAAUCCAGUAUCACUCAUUCAUCAGAAAUAUUUAGCUUCCUGACAAUUUCUAUCAAGUUUUAGCUUAUUUAAAGAAGACACAUCCAUCAACCUUACAAUAUCCAAUACUGGUAUAUAUAUUGUAAUCCUAAGUAGUUUAUGCACAUCCUACAUACUUCUACUUCAAACCAUAUUCAGUAAGGAAAUGAUCAGUUUGGAACAGUCCAGUCCACAAAUUGAACCAGUAAGAAAAAGCCUAGCUCAGAGCUGUUCAAAUUCUGGAUACAGAGUGGAACAGUCCACUUAUUGAAUUCAUGCUGCUUGGAAUUAUCCACAUUUCAUGUAGACCAUCUCAUUCACUCUGACAGAUUUGAAGAGAUAUGAUUAUGAAAUAAAUCAGGUGAAUUUACGGAUUUUGCACUGGUACAUUGGUAUUUGCCUUGCUCUAAACAUCAGUGCAAUCUAUAAUCUUGUUUUAUAUUUUUAUCAUUAUUAUGAACUCGUAUGCUAAUUUAUUAUUUCAGUCAUUUAUUUGCGCAAACAGCAUGCAUUGAUAUUAUUUUUUGUUCUAUUUAUUUAUUCUCUUUGUUGUUCUACCGUAACCAGAGAAAUGUUGAGCUUCGUACGGUACUACAAGAGAUGUCCAGGUUGACAAGAUUUUGAUUUAUUUUUCUGUGUCCAGUAGUGAGUUUGUUUUUGUUUCACAGUGUACUUUAAUUGAGACUGAAAUUCCCAAUUAAGAUUUGAAAUCAUGAUCAUGGAGGGUGUUGGUUUCUGGUUUCAAAAUAAAUAACUGGAUUUUAGUAGUUACAUUUAUUUUAUUCAGUGAAGAAGAGAAAUACCAGUGCAUGUACUAAAAAACUGUUUAGAGCAUUUUAUGUGUUUUUGUUUUAAUUGUUUAAACAUUUGGUUUCUAGCACGUACAUUUUGAAAUAAAAUUUGAUAUGGCUAGUACAUGAACCUUACUUUGUAAUGCAUUAUGAACCAAGACUCUUUUACAUUCAUUUGCAAGAUAUCAAGACUACAGCUUUGAUACAAAUGUAUAUUAUUGAUAUGAUUCAAUACACUGGGCAAAAAAAGGCCUGCAGAUUACAUGUACCAGAAUAUUGACCUAUUUCAAUAGUAGUUCAUGUACACAUUUCCUUUUGUCUAAUUUUAAUUAGCAUUUAUAUAAUUUGUGUAUGGUAUAUUUUUUUUAACUAGGUCAACAGUUAUA